UGGACUGUUGUUGUUCGUUUUGAAGAGUUUGGAGCGCUUUGUUUUUAUUUGUGGGUCCGUGAGCUACCGAGCGCAGGCUUAUUCCACUCAAAUACCACUACCCGCGUACCUGGGCGGAGGUUUACUUGAACAACAGAGCGUAUCCGGUUGUUAGUAGUAGUGAGGUCCCAAAGUAGCCGAUGGAUGAGCGGGUAUCGGAGUUAUUUGGCUCAGGAAAUGGACACUGCUCUGGAUCUCAAGGUGUCGCGUCCAACGUCAAGCCGGGGAAUGGCUUCGGGGUGGCCCCCCAAAAAGCGUGCGUGAAUAACAACAAGAAGGCUCGGUUCUCCCGCAACUUCAAACCGAGCAACAACACUCCGUAUGUACUACCACCGGAGGCUGAAGAGGGAAACAUAGAGUACAAGCUGAAGCUGGUAAACACCACGCAAUACCGCUUUGAGCACCUGGCCACACAAAUGAAAUGGCGACUACAGGAGGGUCGAGGCGAAGCUGUCUAUCAAAUAGGGGUCGAGGACAAUGGGAUGCUGGCGGGACUUUCAGAGGAAGAUCUGAGGACUUCACUGAAUACGCUCCAUAAGCUGGCAGAGAAGGUUGGCGCCGAAAUCACUGUUCUCCGAGAAAGAGAGGUGGACGAUGACUCUGAUGUACCUCGAAAGAUUGCUGAAGUUCUCAUUCGCAAAGUGCCAGAUGACCAGCAGUUCUUGGACCUGCGAGUAGCUGUUCUGGGUAAUGUGGACGCCGGCAAGUCCACUCUGUUGGGGGUUUUGACACAGGGUGAGCUGGACAAUGGACGGGGAAGAACACGGCUCAACCUCUUCAGGCACCUGCACGAGAUCCAGACCGGACGCACCUCCAGCAUCAGCUUCGAGAUCCUCGGCUUCAACAGCAAAGGAGAGGUUGUGAAUUACAGCGACUCGCGGACAGCAGAGGAUAUUUGUGAGAGUGCCUCUAAAAUGAUCACAUUCAUUGAUCUGGCGGGUCACCACAAGUACCUUAAGACCACCAUCUUUGGCCUCACCAGCUACUGCCCGGAUUUCGCUAUGCUGGUCGUCAGUGCAAAUACUGGCAUUGCUGGAACGACACGGGAGCAUCUCGGACUGGCCAUGGCCCUGAAGGUGCCCAUCUUCAUCGUCAUCAGUAAGGUGGACCUCUGUACGCGCGCCACCGUGCAGCGCACUGUGCGGCAGCUGGAGCGUGUCCUCAAGCAGCCGGGCUGCAACAAGGUGCCCAUGGUUGUUAGCGGUGCAGACGAUGCCGUCACAGCAGCGCAGCAGUUCGCCCAGUCGCCCAACAUCACGCCCAUCUUCACCUUGUCCAGUGUGUCUGGCGAGAGUCUCGACUUGCUCAAGGUCUUCUUCAACAUCCUCCCUCCUCUCAGCAGCAGCAAGGAGCAGGAGGAGCUCAUGCAACAGCUGACUGAGUUUCAGGUGGAUGAGAUCUUCACGGUGCCAGAGGUGGGGACGGUGGUGGGGGGGACUCUGUACAGUGGUAUUUGCCGUGAGGGGGAUGAUCUUGUAGUAGGGCCCACAGACUCGAGCCAUUUCCACAAGUUGACCAUUGAGAGCAUCCAAAGGAACCGCUCGGGAUGCAGGGUCCUCAAAGCCGGCCAGGCUGCCACACUCGCCCUGGGAAACUUUGACCGAUCACUGCUACGCAAGGGCAUGGUGAUAGUGAGUCCAGAAAUGGAUCCUACCAUCUGCUGGAUGUUUGAGGCUGAGAUUGUGCUGCUCUUCCAUGCCAAGACGUUCCACAAGGGCUUCCAGGUUACUGUGCACAUUGGCAAUGUGAGACAGACCGCCACUGUGGAAGCUGUAUACGAAAAGGAGGAGCUGAGGACAGGGGAGAAAGCAGUGGUUCUCUUCAAGUUCAUCAAGCACCCAGAAUACCUGAAGGUGGGAGCUAAGGUGCUCUUCAGAGAGAGCGUGACGAAAGGUAUCGGCCACGUCACCAAGUUGCAGCCCAUCGCCCAGAACCGGCUGUCCCACAGCGAGGACGACGAAGCCUAAAGUCUCUUGGAGAAAACGACAAAAAACACCGCCCCGCCCCCAAAACAGGUGCUUUAAGAACCUUCUGCUUCCUCCGAAGACCACUCUGUCCUGUUCCCCUGCGCAGUAAAUCUCUGUCACAGAAGCCUAUGUCACCAUCCUCCUCAUUCGUCCCCCGCAGCCUUUUAAAUGACCGCAGAUUUGUUCUUUGACUGCUUUCUGGUAUGACGGUCUAAAGAGUGUUUAGCUUUCUACAGCACUGAUGAGAGGAAGGCCCUCGGGCGCCUCUGUAACACUUCCACCCAGCAACAUCUGCCAAAGUGAGAUUGAGUGUCAAGAACACACACUUGUAAGUGCUGCAGACAGUUUACACCUGAACGCAAUCCUAACACACACACACACACACUUGGCACUGCAACAUAACAACAUGCCAGUGUUGAUAUACCUUCGGCGUAUUAUUGUUAACGAACAGUUGCAAGCGUGCGAUGCUUGAACCUGAAGGUGUAUCACCGUUGUCUCUGUUGUCAUGGCUCCCAGCAGCUCGUCCGUGUGACCACUGACCAGCAUAGCGCCUCACUCAUAAGGAUAAGCCUCGCUGCAUUUUAAUACGCUCCACUUUUCUUAGGAACCACAAAUGUAUUAUCUGGGAUAAGAGUCAAAUGUGGUGUUCAGACGCAGCUCGUCAGCUGUAUAUCAAUGAAACCACCUCGCUUUAAGCUAUUAUAUAGCUGACAGGCGCACGUUCUGACCGUCAAGAGAGUAUAGGGAUGUAUGCGAAGUUCAGCCUGCCAACAUAACUCAGAUUGGCAAUCACGUUGUACGUUUUUUUUAAUUCACAAAUGCCUCACGCCAGUGCAGUACGGUGGCAAUGAUCUUGCUGCCUGUCUGUUCAAGUGCUUUAGUUCCUCAGGUGAGUUUGGGUGUCAUGGUGGACAACAGUCCUCUCUCUCACUCCUCCAGUGGAGGUUUCUGCUGCUGACUUGCGGGGUGAAGAAGAUUUGAGGUAUAAAAAAAAAGGCAAUAGUUUCUCCCAAAGAGAUGUUUGAUUACGGAUUAUAUAGUAUGUGAAGCUUUGUUUUAAAAUAUGAUGUUUGAAGAACUUGAUGUCAUCUGUUCGUUUAAGUUACUGAUGUCACUGAAUCAGACUCGUGGAACGACCGCUUGAGUAGCCGACCAUUACAACCCAAAGUUGUACAACUUAGUAAAGACAUGUAAUUAAGUUGCUGGGUGCUAUUCCUCCAAACAGCUUUUUGAUAUUUAGAAGACGGCCUUAAAAAGUAAUGUUAUUCGCUACCGUGUCUUCAUGUCUUACUAUAUAGCAUGUUUGUAUGACUUCUUUGUUGUCAGUGAGGACAACUGAAAUGUGUGACAUGUUUAGUUUCACCCGCAUUGUUGUUGCACACAUUCUGUGCACUCAGAAGAAAAAUGUGUAGUCUUUAUGAAUAGCAUCAGGUGUUGGUUAGUUUUUUUGCAUCUGAGAAGUAUUUUAUAGAUUUUUCAUAGUUCCAGAUUUUACAAUAUAUUCAAUGUUUUUCACUGUUCUCGUUCCUUAUGGCAGCGACACGCUUUCAUGUUUUUUAAAUCACGUUCAAGACCUUUUCCUUUUCAAAAAUGUACUAUUUUGAUUAUUUGGGUGAAAUGCAAUCUUUGUGUACAUAUCUAAUUAAUGUAUCAUAUUGUACAUGAAUUAAAGUUCUAUUGUCUAGCAGGUA